AUGUCCACCCCGCCCAUCCUCUCCGGCGCAGACGAAGCCCAAAUCGCAUCCACCUGCGCCGCCAUAGGCAUCUCCGUCAGCGAAUUCAGCGAGCUGCGGCGUCGCGCGACGGCAGCCAAAGCGACGGCGUACUGUCGGUACAGCCGGUUCCGCGUGGUGGUUGGCCUUGUUCGCGGACCGGGGAGGACGGUUUAUGUGCCGGGCGCCAACGUGGAGAACGCGUCGUAUCCGGUGGGAACGUGUGCCGAGCGGGUGGCCCUGGGGACGGCGGUGACGAGCGGCAUCAGGACCUUUCGGGCGAUUGCCGUGGCGACGGAUAUCAGUCCGCCGGCGAGUCCUUGUGGCAUGUGCAGGCAGUUCAUCCGCGAGUUUUGCACCAUGAAGACGCCCAUCAUCAUGUUUGACAAAAACUCCGACUACGUUGUCAUGACGGUGGACCAG